UAUAAUUUACACCUUUAAGAAUAUCAUCUCCCACUUUAUAAGGCCCCUUUUCCUUUUUCCCCCCGAGAUUUCCGUCUCCCAAACUUUUCUCACUCCUCCCAUGGAACCGCCGCUCUCCCCCCCCGCGGCGCCCACCGUCGUUGUGGCUGCUCCUCCGGUUUCGGCCCCGACCUCCACCGUCGUCCAUCCCCAUGCGAUGUCCUCUUAUCCCGACUCCGUCGACUCCUCCCCCAGGUCUCGCACCACAGAGGGCUUGGACGACCUUCCCGCUCCGGCCGGCGGCGGUGGGACGGCCGGUGUGUCUUCUAAGCUCCGGUUGAUGUGCAGCUACGACGGCCACAUCAUACCUCGACCUCACGACAAGUCCCUCUGCUACAUCGGCGGCGAUACUCGCAUUGUCGUCGUCGACCGUAACAUCUCUCUCUCUGCUCUCGCCGUACGCCUCUCCAACACCCUCCUCAACGGUCGUCCCUUCACGCUCAAGUACCAGUUACCGAGCGAAGACCUUGACUCGCUUAUAUCUGUCACAACUGACGAGGAUCUCGACAACAUGAUCGAGGAGUAUGACCGUACAAUAUCUUCUUCGAAUUCAACUUCUGGCAAGCCCUCGCGUCUGCGUCUGUUCUUGUUCCCGUCGAAGCCCGAGGCCACUCAGUCCAUGGGACAGAUCCUGGAAAGUUCAGUGAAGAGCGACGAUUGGUUCCUCAACGCUUUGAAUAGCGUUGGCCAUUUGAACAGAGGAUUUUCUGAUUCCGAUACCAACAUCAACUGUUUACUUGGUUUGGAUGAUGGUCUAGGUCUUCGCGCUAAUACCAGCGACAACGGAGGCAAACUCGAUUUGGACACUAGAGAUGUGGGUGGCUCCAUGAAGAGCGCGCAGCAGCGGCAGCAACACUCGUCGCGCCCGCAGGGAGGUCAAGAUAUUCACUCUGCACCAGAUUCGUCGGUGUUGGAUACAACGUCGUCGUUUGGUUCAACUUCUUCUUCUCCGUCGCUCGCCAAUCUGCCGCCGAUUCGUGUCCAUGUCGAGGAAUCCGUUGGAGUCAGGGUUAUCCAGGAUCAGAAGCUGGGGAUCGAAGAUCAGUUCGCGCAGUUGAGCGUCGGGGGUGGCGCCAAUAAGCAGUUGCAGCAACAGCAGGAGGAGGCGUUCGCAGCGAUCUCGUCGCCGCCGCCGCCGAUACCGGUGACAAUAUCCGUUCCCGUUGCGCCUGUGAGCGCUAGGGCAGUCUCAGGUGAAUCCCUUGGGCGGAUUGUGUCGGACGACGAGAGAUCCGAUCCCGGCUUGCCUGGUGGACACAGAAAACCGCCGUCUCCUCAUUCGCAGCCGCAGAAUGCACCGCCUCAGGCUCAUCUGCAGAAAUCCAAUGGCUGUGGACACGAUCUGCCAUCUCCAGAUUCUGUUUCCAGUGAAAGCAGUAUGAACAACCCUCUUUCUCGCCAAAAACCUACGAUCUAUCACGACCCGGUUACUCAGAUGUCGUCUGGUACUACCAUAGUUGACCAAAAGAUGAAUCCUUCGGAUCCGAAAGCACGAGUUCAGAUUCAGGAUUCAGGAUACAUCUCGCACACCCAAUUUGAACAACAAUCUGCUCAAUCGCAACUGCAACAGCAGUUCAUACAGGCUGCUGCACCACAAUACAUUCAUCACCACCCAUCUGGCGGCGUUGCGAUCCCGACUUAUAUCCAGGUUUACCCUUCGCAGCAGCCGCAACCUUAUCCUGUUUACUAUGUCACUACACCUGUCCCAGCAAGACAACCGGCCUACAAUAUGCAGGGACUGCAAUCUAGUAGUUUAAACGAGACACUGGGUUCUCUUCCUUCGAGCCAUCCACAGGCAUCUUCCAACCACACCAUGAUGGCCCCACCUACUAAUAAUGUUGCUGCUUAUAACCCCAUGAGAAAUAUUCCUGGAAGCAAACCUGAGAUAGCCUCAUCUGGAGGUGUUUACACAACAGCCUCGGGUUUAAGUGGCGCUCAGUUGGUUCAAGUCCCUAUGGGCCAGCAAUUUGCGGGUUACUCACAGAUUCAUCACCUGCCUCAUUCUGGUCCCGUACCUGGUUCAGCUGCAAAUCCUGGUUACAGUUAUGAAUUUUCUGAUCCUACUACUCACACCCAAAUGUACUUCACCCAACCUGUGGCAUCUGCUGAGCACCAGACAAUGACCAUGGUCUUGCCUGAUGGCUCUGCUGCUAAGGUUCAGACAGAGAACGUGAAACAACAGAUGCGAAGUUCACAGCCGUUGUGAUAGAGAAUGGCAAGGAAGAUGAAACAAAAUUUUGGAGGAAAACCCGGGUUGGAUUUACAUAUAAGUCAUAUAUCUACAUUUUAAAGAAAGAGUGGGUUGUGGUGUUGAAUUGGUUUAUGGGUUUUUUGUGUUAUGUGAGUAUUUAGAGAAUAAGGAACUUUUGGGUAUGGUAGUGAGGCUACUACUGCACCUUUGAGUUAUAUUUACAUAGAAAUGGAUACUGCAUAGAAUGUGUGGAAAGAAUAUGGGGAUCGUCUUAUCAUGUCAAUCGGGAUACUUGUUGUGAAUGCAGCUCUGAUCUUCUCUUCUCUUUGAGAAUUCACAAGUUUCAGUU